UAAGUUCAACCUCAUCUUUGAUCAAUGCUUCAAAAGCCUCUUCGCAAUUUCUAGAACUCCAAUCGUUCACAACAAUCAUUCACAACAUUGAACUUCCUUAACUUUCACCUUAAUUAUCCACACAUUGGAAGUCAUCAUUCCAUUUUACUCCAGCUCAAUGCAAAUUAUUUAAUUGCUCUCAUCUCGUCCGCAUUGCCUACCGGUCCAGUUGACUCGAUAAAUAUCAGUGAUUUUCACCACCACCUAGCUACCUCGAGGUCCGAUCUGAAGCAGCCUCGUCCACCCAUACCUCCGUCGCCUCCCACCAAGUUACCACCAUUACAUAAAAUUCUGUAGACUACGCCUCUUCCUCGAACACGCAUUAGAGUCUCAUGUCUCGCGCCGAACCGUCACCAUGAGGUCAACACCUUUGAUCAUUAAUUGGCACGAUAAAAACACGCCCAUUUACUCUGCCCACUUCGAACCUCAACAUGGAAAAGGAAGAUUGGCUACAGGAGGAGGGGAUAACAACGUGCGCAUCUGGAAGGUCGAAGCUGAUGGUGAUACCCGUCGAGUCGACUAUCUAUCGACCCUUGCCAAGCAUACACAAGCUGUAAAUGUUGUUCGAUGGGCUCCCAAGGGUGAGACUCUUGCAUCUGCUGGAGACGACGGGAAUGUGAUCUUAUGGGUCCCUAGCGAAACCCAUAACCCUACCACCUUUGGGAACGAAGGACUAGAGGACAAGGAAACAUGGCGUGCGAAGCAUAUGUUCCGUCCUACAGCUGCGGAAAUAUACGACCUGGCCUGGUCCCCUGAUGCUACCCACUUCAUCAUCGGGAGCAUGGACAAUGUUGCCCGAAUAUACAAUGCCGGUUCAGGCGCGCUCAUUCGACAAAUUGCCGAACAUAGUCACUACGUGCAAGGUGUCGCCUGGGAUCCUCUAAACGAAUAUAUUGCCACCCAGUCGUCGGAUCGCUCAGUUCAUAUAUAUUCCCUCAAGACCAAGAAUGGACAGUAUGCGCUCACCGGCCGCGAUGACGAGACAUUCAAGGUUGCCAGCCAUGUCAAGGCAGACCUUCCCCCUAGGCGUAUCUCAUCCAACAGUCCAGCCCCGCCUGACAUGGGCUAUCGAGCUCAGCUUGCGGCAGCAGUUGACACGCCCAGCGCCUCUAUCGGGUCGCCAGUACCAUCAGCACCAGGAACGCCACAGUCUGUUCCUCUACCUAUGAAUCCGCCGAGCGUCGUAAGCCAUAGUAGACGCUCUUCGUUUUCGUCUCGGCGAUCUGUAUCCCCGGCUCCAUCUUUACCUCUGCCUGCGGUAAUGCCGAUGGAGCCCUCCCCAAAGCCCAACCAUGGCUUCGGCAUAGGCGUGAAGAACGCAAGUCUCUAUGUCAAUGAGACUCUUACAUCUUUCUUCAGGCGCUUGACCUUUACUCCAGAUGGUAGCCUACUCCUGACCCCUGCUGGUCAGUAUCAUGUGCAGCAUCAAGAUGGCCCUAAACCAUCAUAUGAAGUUAUCAACACCGUCUACAUCUAUACUCGAGGCGGCAUCAACAGGCCACCUAUUGCUCAUCUCCCCGGCCAUAAGAAGCCAUCGGUGGCAAUCAAGUGCUCGCCUAUAAUGUAUACAUUACGACAGUCGCCGCCAGUAACAAAAUAUAUCACCAUCGACACGUCUUCUGCAGAGGAUCCUAUCCCAGCUCUUCCGGAGCCUAUCUCGAAGCCUUCGCCUGCCGUGAUGGAUCCUCCUCCUCCCCCAACCUCCUCAGCACCGGACCCUGAGAAGCCAUGGACGCUGCCUCAACAUCUGAAUACGGAGACCAGUUCAGCAACACCAGGAACUAAGAUGGGAUUUACCCUACCAUAUCGCAUGGUAUACGCUGUAGCAACGCAAGAUUCCGUUCUUCUCUAUGAUACGCAACAAGUGACUCCUAUAUGCGUAGUUAGUAACUUACACCUAGCUACUUUCACUGAUCUUACCUGGUCAAGUGACGGAGCUACGCUCCUCAUAACUUCAUCGGAUGGAUUUUGUUCAACGCUCUCGUUCCUACCUGGUGAGCUUGGUCAAGAAUACAAGGGCGAGCUUGUAGGUCCUAAGGUGACCUCCGCCCCCACCGCAGCACCUUCGACUCAGGCUACUCCACAGCCUACACCAACGUCUGUCUUUGCACCUCCUUCACCCUUCCCCAAUCACCAGCACCGGAAUUCGGCCACCUCUUUUGCUGCCCCUUCUCCUCCGCCGACGACAUCGUUCGUGAGCGCGCGCCCAUCUUCGCCUGCGCGAUCGAACUCAACAUCCUCAAUUGCAACGCAGGUUUCAGCGAUGAAUAAUCCCCCUCUGAUUGGUGGGAAUUUACCUAGCAUUACUGCCGCUAGCUCCGGGAAGGUGACGGGCGUGCCCAUGACAACUCCUCCUGAGACACCGGGGAAUACUAACGCCGUUGUGGGUGUCAAACGGGAAGCGAGCACCUCGGAGAAAGAUGAAGAGUCAGGCGGUCAACCGAAGAAGCGGCGGGUUGCUCCAACCUUAGUCACCGAUCCCAAGGCAUAAGCAGAGCCGUUGUUAAUGGCCUUAUGGUUAGGAAAAAAGUACUUGUAUUAACAAGAGGUUAUCGUACAGGUGGUCCAUUCGCCGGAGUUAUAGGGAACUACUGGUUGGCACGUCGCCACGUCGUCCUUUUUCUAACUCGUGAAAUACGAUAUCAUCUGAUUGUUGGGUUUGCUGGCUAGGAAAGGAACGGCGGAUUGGUCGUCAAAUAAACGUCUUUCCGCUGCGGUAUGCUAGUUUUUUAGCAAUUCGCUCUUAUUCCUCCUUCGAGGAGAGGGUUGGCCGGCCUCUGGCGUUAGGAAUGGGGGGUUGUUAGGGCAGUAAUGUACUCUGUGAUCGCAGCGCUGUGUUCUGAUACAUUGUUGUCUGCUACAUGCUACGUAUUCGCAUGGACGUAUGGUUACCGUUUAGCUCAAGGCAUAUAAGUGCCGUGUGAGUAGGGCGGCUAGGCGUGAGCUUAGUUUCGUACCUCUACUAUAACAAAAGCAAAUAAAGUCAGGUCUAGACUAUGAGA